ACAGAAGAUUCUUCAAGAAGGGUUAAACUUUAAUUUGCAAAUCAAAGCUGAGAUAGUCAGUGAGCUAGUCCCUGAUUGCCCACCGAUCCUUGGACAUGGCAUUUUUUAUAACAAAAUCCUGGUCCAGUUUCACAGGUACGUCCCAUUGACUUAAUCAUGUUCCAAUCCACAUCUCCCAGCUAUCUCACCAACACAUCAUUGUCUUCUACAUUCUUAAGAUUUCAUUCUCCUACUAAAUUGGGUACAUGCAUAGCACAUAGCAAGUUCAAACUACAUAAUCUACAUCAAGGCUGACUAUAUAAUUUUGGUUACACAGCAAACAAGUUCAAAGCAAAACAUCUCUUUGCUACCUCUCGUUACCACACCAUUGUCUUCUACAUUCAAUUGGAUACAUGCAUAGUAAAUAGCAAACUUCAAAGCUGACUACAUCUCUUAGCUACCCCUCAUUAACAUAUAUUAACACACCAUUGUCUUCUACAUUCCUAGCAUUUCAUCUUGGGUACAUGCAUAGCAAACUUACUACAUAGUUUUAGUUACACAGCAAGUAAUACAAGUUUUAUACUCCAUAAUAUUUUUAUACUCCAAUAUUAUAAGAUGCAGUAUUUAUAAAGUUUCAUUCUGUCCAACCUGUAAAAGUUUUUCUCGAAUAGACACGAGAAAGGCAAGAGUCUCAAGAAGAGUCACAGAGUAGAGAUGUAACCGUGACUGACCCUUUGAGGAACCAGAUUUUCGUUCAGGAUAUCCAUUUUGAAAAUUAAGGCGUAUGUGGAAUUGUAUUCCCUUCCUUCCUGCCUUAAUGUAAUUUUGAGACUAUUAUUAAAAACUGGAACAAUUAUAAGUACCUUCUGUACAGCUGAGCAGGAUCUUCACAUGCCAGCAACUGCUCCUAUGGCGGUAAGAGAGUAUAAUGUGCCCAGAGCUGGUGGGAAUCAAGCACAGAAGGCUAUUUGCUUAACACAUAGAGCAACCGUGCACAGAUAACAACCAGCAACACGUUGCGUGAUGAUUCCAGUAACGGAACUGCGAUAUUUUGCCGACACCCAGCCUGCUUACCGCAUCUUGAAGCCAUGGUGGGACGUAUUUACGGACUACAUCUCCAUCGUAAUGCUUAUGAUAGCAGUGUUCGGGGGCACAUUGCAGGUCACACAAGACAAAAUGAUCUGUUUACCCUGCAAAUGGGUUUCGAACAAUACAUGUCUAGAACCUGCACAGCCGCCAAUAACAGAUUAUCCAAAUGGAUCCUUCCCUCGGCCUUCAGACAUUCCCCCGUUUUCCGACGAGCCCACAGGCAUCCAAUAUGACUUGGAUCGGCACCAGUACAAUUAUGUGGAUGCAGUGUGCUAUGAAACUAAACUUCACUGGUUUGCAAAAUACUUCCCAUACCUUGUACUUCUGCACACACUAGUAUUCUUAGUGUGUAGUAAUUUCUGGUUCAAAUAUCCUCGGACGAGUUCAAAGCUAGAACAUUUUGUAUCUAUCCUCCUUAAAUGCUUUGACUCACCAUGGACAACACGAGCACUAUCCGAAACUGUGGUUGAGGAAAGUGACCCAAAGCAGUCAUUUGUUAAAAUGAAUGGCUCAAUGGCAAAGAAAUCUUCUUCCACAAGUGAGGACGUGGAGGCCAGCGUACCCAUGUUGCAGAGAACAAAAUCACGCAUUGAACAGGGGAUAGUUGAUCGCUCAGAGACAGGAGUACUGGAUAAAAAGGAAGGAGAGCAAGCUAAGGCCCUUUUUGAAAAAGUAAAGAAAUUCCGCACUCAUGUGGAGGAAGGCGAUAUAGUUUACCAACUCUACAUGAGACAAACUAUUAUCAAAGUAAUCAAAUUCGCACUUAUUAUUAGUUACUCACUUUAUUAUGUUGAUGAUAUAAAAUUUGAUGUGUCUUGUAUUGUGGAGAUUCAGAACCUUACAGGAUACCGCGUGUAUCAGUGUGCUCAUCCAUUAGCCACCUUGUUUAAAAUCCUGGCAUCAUUUUAUAUUAGUUUAGUGAUUGUUUAUGGACUCAUUUGCAUGUACACGCUUUGGUGGAUGCUCCGGCGUUCAUUGAAGAAAUAUUCAUUUGAGUCCAUCAGGGAGGAGAGUAGCUAUAGUGAUAUUCCUGAUGUUAAGAAUGACUUUGCUUUCAUGCUGCACCUGAUUGAUCAGUAUGAUCCACUGUACUCGAAACGUUUUGCUGUGUUUUUGUCUGAGGUCAGUGAGAACAAGUUGCGGCAGCUCAAUCUGAAUAAUGAGUGGACCCUGGAAAAACUCCGGCAGAGGAUCAUGAAAAACUCCCAAGAUAAACUGGAACUUCACCUCUUCAUGCUGAGUGGAAUUCCAGACACCAUAUUUGACCUGACUGAAUUGGAAGUGCUCAAACUAGAGAUGAUCCUGGACGUCACCAUUCCCCCAAUCAUUGCCCAGCUUGCCAACCUCAAAGAACUCUGGUUGUACCACACACCAGCAAAGAUUGAGGCACCAGCUCUAGCCUUCUUGCGCGAGCACCUGAAGUCAUUGCACAUCAAGUUUACAGACAUCAAAGAAAUACCCCUGUGGAUCUACAGCCUGAAGAACCUUGAAGAGCUUCAUCUAACUGGGAAUCUGAGUGCAGAAAAUAACCGCUACAUUGUGAUUGAUGGCUUGCGGGAUCUCAAAUGUCUCAAAGUUUUGAGGCUAAAGAGCAACUUGACUAAGCUGCCGCAGGUUGUUACAGAUGUUGGUGUUCAUCUACAGAAAUUGUCGAUCAACAACGAGGGUACCAAACUCAUGGUCCUCAAUAGUCUGAAGAAGAUGGUUAAUCUGACAGAAUUGGAGUUGAUUCGCUGUGAUUUAGAACGAAUCCCACACUCGAUCUUCAGUCUCCAUAACUUGCAGGAGAUCGAUCUCAAAGACAACAACUUGAAGACGAUUGAGGAAAUAAUCAGUUUCCAGCACUUACGGCGCCUGGUCUGCCUUAAGCUGUGGUAUAACCACAUUGCCUACAUCCCUAUUCAGAUUGGCACUUUGAACAACAUGGAAAGGCUCUACCUGAACCGAAACAAAAUUGAAAAGAUUCCCACACAGCUCUUCUACUGCCGCAAAUUGCGGUAUUUGGAUUUGAGUCAUAACAACCUAACCUCCAUUCCACAGGACAUUGGUUAUCUACAGAAUCUGCAAUAUUUUGCAGUCACUGCGAACAGAAUUGAAACCUUGCCACCUGAACUCUUCCAGUGUCGUAAGCUCCGGACUCUAAAUCUGGGGAAUAACUGCUUGCUAUCACUACAGUCACGGGUUGGAGAGUUAACCAGUUUGACGCAACUGGAGCUUCGUGGAAACCGACUAGAAUGCCUCCCUGUGGAGCUUGGAGAAUGCAGGCUACUCAAAAGAAGUGCCCUUGUGGUGGAGGACGAUCUCUUCAACACACUCCCAUCAGACGUCAAAGAGCAGCUGUGCCGAGCGGACAAGGAACAAGCCUGAAUUUUAUUUAUACCACAGAGGGAAAACUUUACCUUGCCAAGUUUUCAGCUGAAUUUGCAGCCUGCAGCAACCGGAAUGAUGAGCAAGUUCACUGCUCUGGUUUUGCCUAGUGGAGGAGUCCAAUUACUUGUUCAGCAGAUCUGGUGCUGUCCAGAGGGAUCAGAGCGAUAGAUGGAAUAGAAAGCUGCCAGUAAUUAAAAGAAAUCACUUAAAUAGCUGGAUUAACUAUAAUUCAAUUCAUACUUCUGCUUUAACGAAUCACAAAAAAGCUAAUACGUUUAUAGCCAUGACAUAUCAAGGGACUGAUAUUGCCAAUGUCUUUGUUAUUUAUUAACUAUUACUGUAUUAGGGGCCAGCGCUGUUAUACGCCUGAGCAGGCAGUACAACCUCUGCAUGAAAUAAUUGGUGAUUUUUUUUUAAAGUCCCUUGGCCAUUUUAUUUUAAAAAAAUGUUUUCUUCAUAUCAAGCUGAUUGAACUGAGUUCCAGGCUUUCAUUAACUUUCUGCCAUUAUCUUUCAGUCUGAUUGAAAACACGACAUGAAACUCCUGUCAAAACAGUUAGAGGGGAAGGGGAAUUUUUCAUAUGCGCAUGUUUUUCAGAGCUAGGCAUUAUUAUGAGAAGAUUGAGGAUACCAUUUGCAUAGUUUUUUUAUUUAGAUGUUUUUUUAAAAAAAAACUGGAGAAUUAAAGUUACAGUUUAUUAAAGUUUUCAAGUCACAUCUUUCAUUCAAAAUAAAAGAUCCUAAUCUGAUGAAAAACUAUUUACCAUGACAGAUACAAUGUUAAAGAUAAUUCAAAUUGUAGGAUUAAAGAUAACGUGAGAAAUGUUUCUCUACUUGGUUUGGAGGGAGAAGUUACCAUAACUCAAUUGACAUUUAACUCAAGAGAGUUAGAUGCAACAUGUUGUAUCACGUGCUUCCAGGUUAGUGUUGGAUUAAUUGAAUUAGUAUUUUUGGCAAGAAGUGUAGAAAAUCAGUUAAAGAGUUUAGAAAUCUUCCUCUUGUUUACUGUACAAAGCCCAGUUGGAAAUUUACGGGCCUUAGUUAAGUAACUAAUUAUUGAUGAAAAUUGGUAUUCGGUUAUGAUGCCCAGAACUUUCUAACCAGCACUUCAGAUCAUAGGAAACUUAAGUCACAAGAGACCAGUUUACCCAUUGUAUUUUUACCAAUCUAAAAAGCUACAAUCCCAUCUUCCAGCACUGGGUCACAGCUCAUUGAACAAAUGUGCAAGUGCUUUUUGAAUGUGAUGAUGUUUUCAGCCUCAAUUGCACUUUCACACAGAAAGUUCCAGUCCCCCUCUAAUGUCUGGGUGAAAGAAAAUCCUGUAUCUUUCCUACUUUGAAGUUAUUGCUUCCCAUUUUAACCCCUAUGCCAUGAGAAAUGGGUUCUUCUUAUUUACUGAAGACUCACAGAUUUUCAUAUACCUCAGCUGUUUCCAUUAUAUAAUCAUUCAUCACUGCUCAAAUUUUACAGAUCUACUUUCUCCAGAAGGUCUUUCCUCCAUCGUGGAGACCAGAACUAUAUGUACUACACAAGACAUGGUUUAACUAGUGUUAUAUGUAGUUCUGCUAAACCAGGGGUUCCUGUGGUCUCAGCUAGUAAGAGAAAACAUCCAGUAAGCCUUUUUAAAACAUAUUAUUGACCUGUCCUCCUAUCUUUUGAUCAGUGACUUUGUUUCUCCACAAUCCCAAUACCUUCCCAUUGUGUACAAGUGCAUUAGCUCACAUUCCUCUAGAUAAAAAUUGCUAAUUUUCUGCAUGACUGACAGACCAAAUGUAUCUUUCUGCACUCUUAAGGUUUUCCAUAUUCGACAAAAUAGCCUAUUUUUGUAUCAUCCGUAGACGCUCCCUUUUCCCCUGCAGUUAAAUUUGAACCAUUAAUAUAUAUUACAGAAAGCAAGGUGCCAAGUGAAAUUCCAUUGGUAACAGCCUUCACUCACAAAAAUACACAUCAAUCAUUGCUCUUGCAUUCUGGUAAUUUUGGAUUCAAUUCACUGUUUUCGGUCGAUCCCUUAAGGUUUUGUUUUUGAUCAGCCUGCCAUAUGGGAGCUUAUUAAAAACUUUGCCAAAUUCCACAUGGAGAGAAUGGGGAAAAUCACUUAAAAUAUUGUGCAUUAAAUAUUUUAAUGUUUUUAAAUAUAUCCUCCUCCACUAUUGUAUACUAUACCUUCAAUAUUUGUAUUUUAGUGAAUUAUCCUUUUCGACUUGGUCAGUUGGUAUUGAACUUGCAUGCUGCACUGUUGUCAGUGUGUGUUUCUCCUAAUGCCUAAUUUAUUCCCAGUUUCAUUGCUUAACCCAAGGCUAAAACUGUAACUUCUUUACCACUCAUCUCCUAAGACAUCCUCUGUGUUUUAAGUGUUUGGAACUUACUGCUCCGUUUAUCUUGUGCUUCAGCAUCUGACCAGUGCUUAAUGUUUUAUUUUCCUCUUUUCUCUCACUAUUCAUAUGACACCAACCCACUCUUCCAACAUCCCACAAUAGAUGGAAAAAUAAAAGUGAGAAAGAUUGAUUAGGCAAUACUGUAACACCAGCAAUUGGUAGUGUGAUGAGGGUGGAAGCAAGCAGUGACAACAAAGGUAUGUAGAGAACAAAGAAUAUGUAUUAAAGCAGUUGGCCACUGAGAGAAAGAUAGUGUUACAGUUUGGCUAGAAUCCCAUAAAUCCCAUUCUCACGUUUGAUCGCUUUCAGUAUUUUCUGAUUCUAUUACAGACAGUUGCUUUUAUUUGCCAGUCUAUCGUGCUUAAAAUGCCGGUUGGCACUUCAACCAUUGAUUGCGCACAGAAUUUCAAAUGUCAUGUAUACAUUUGAGUGAGUGGGCGUAGGAGAGUUCAUGGGUGUUGGGGUGGAUUUGGAAAGAGUCCAUGCAGUCUUGUUAAUACUGAUACUGUACCCAAGUCCAGUCCAGACAAAUGCAAUAAAAAAGGCUACAAUAUAUUAUUAGCAUUUUGGAUAUUUUUGUGUGGUGAUACACUCAUGGUACACCAAACCACUUUUAGUUGGGUACCAUUUGGCAGUAUCGCAAAGAGAAAUAUGGGUUGGGAAACUGCCAUGGUGAUGGUGUUCUACUGUGCAUGGUUGGAGUUGGACCAAAUGUUACAUUAUGCAAUAAGACAUACCUGAUACAGGAGAUUUCGAAAGUGAUAUUAGAGACAUGAAAUGUCCUGGCCCCCAUCACUAAUUUAACAUAGGGGAAAAGGGGCAUUGUCCAAAGCCAUUUUUGUCCUCGUCUUACAUUCACCCAAGAAAAUAGAUGUGGUAAGCUUCUAAACUGUUAAUAUUCAAAGAACUAUUCAUGUUGCAAUGAUCAUUUACUCAAUAAUGUCAAAGUAGUUAUUGCAGUAAGUUUUUAACAAAACUGGCCUCACACACAAGUUGGAUGCUGUGUAAAAUUUCAUUUUUUUAAAAAUUGUAUUUGAUGUUAAGUCUUCAUUUCUGUGCCCUCAGGGGUGAAUAUGCCUCAAUCUAGUAGCAACACUUUUCUCAGGUUCGUUAUUUUGACUUCUUGAAUUAUUAAAUGUCUAAGUGACAGUAAUUUUGUUGGUUUGCUUAUACAUUUAAUCAAAGCUGUAGAAAGUAUUAUCCAAUGCUGUGAAAUAAGCUUUAUUCACAGUCUUUGUUGAAGACUACAUUUCAUUUUGUUUUUCUUUAAAAUGUAACCAGAAAUGUUAAUUUGUCUUAACGGCUGUAUUUUAAAGCUGCAGCAUCUCAGUGGGAUAUCAUAAGAUAUCUCAAUAAUAAAUCUAUCUUUUUAAAUUUACCUCCUGUCAGAAUAGCAAGAUCUGGCAUUUUUAUCUAAAUGUUAGGAAUAAAUUGCAAACUUAUUCAUAUUCUAAAUUGUUGUAAUUAGUGUGUUUUUAUUUGCACCACAGAUCUUUUUUUUCAAAUACUAAAAGUGAUUAUUUACACAUGCCUUAAUGGUGCUCUUCUUCCUUCACCUUCUGUCUCAGAUUCUAAGAGCCUUAGGUUUCUCUAAUGACAAUUUUGUUAGCAAUCAGAUAUUCAGAAGUCAGAAUUGUCUAAUCACUUCUGUUGGUAUUAAAACAAAAGGAUGUUGUACAAAUUUACAUGAAAAACAUCAUAUUGGGACAAUGUUCCUUAAAGAAAAUUCUGCACAAAAACUGAACUUAAAGGGAUAGUGAAAGGAAAAAAAAACUCUUACACUAACUGAAAUGGUUCCCAAGCCAAAUCACAAUUUUAAAAAAUUGUCCUUGAGAUUUUUAUGAUGUUUUUAUCUUUGGUCACAAAAUUACAAUUAUUAAUUACAAAGAAAUUUCUGCUUUUAUCACGUCUUUUGUGCAGCUUUAUUGUCCAUUUAUCUGUCGCUGCUGAAGUAGAGUGAAUAAGUCACAAUUUUAUAAUAUAUGCAGGAUCAGAACAUUUAAGUCCGCCAUGUCAACUAUAUGAAAACCUAGGUCUCAAAGCAUUUAAUGUUGUAAAUUAGUACAUAAAAUAAUUAUCAGUUAAUGUGAUCUUCACUGAAAAUCAUAUAACACCAUGACUGUCACUUUAUAUGAAAACUCAUCUCUUACCUUGGUGUUUGAUAUGUAUUAUUGCAUGGUGCUGCUGCUUUGUUACACUAUUGUUAACAACUGAGAUGAUUAAAGUGUCUAUCCUCCUCUCGCCAUCCCAUCCGUCGAUAUCCAAAAAAGAUGGGGGGGGGGGGGAGAAUAAAUUAUUGACUAUCUUUAAUAUUAUUACAGAUAUUAGAAUACUGUAUAUAAAAUCUUGCAUUUACUUAGCACCCUAUUAGGUUAAAACACUAGUAUUAAUUUCUAAACCAAACGAGGUAAAUUCCAAAGCUGAUUUUUGCAGAGCAAGAAUGUACGAACAGAAAAAGAGUGAAUGCCUGAGCCAUGGGGUUCAACUUUGGAAGCAUAGACAAUAAACCUUCCAUUCAGCUCCUCACUUUACUUUUCUUUCUGUUAAUUUCAAGUUAUACAAAGUAAAAUUGAAUAUAUCAAGUUGCAUGUAAAUUGGCUUUCUCUGAAUGUCUCUAAUCUGCAGUGCAUAUAAACUCUUGGUUCACUUCAAGUAUUUAAUGAAUAUGCUGCAUAUUGUUUCCAAAUGUACUAAAUCUGUUUUCAAGGAAGAACUGUUGGCCAAAUGAAGGGUCUCAGCCUGAAAUGUCGACUGUUUAACUCUUACCAUAGAUGCUGCCUGACCUGCUGAGUUCUUCCAGCAUUUUGUAUGUGUUAACCUUUUAAUGUCCAUUUUUUAAUCCACCAGACAAUAUUAUUAAAUCCAGCAUUGGAACUAGAGGAUUAUGUAUUAGAUGUCAGAGUACUGCUAACUAAAUCAAACCAUUACUUUGUUCUCUGUUACUGUUUGAUCCUUUUAACACUUUUUUAGUGUCUGCCCCAGUCUGACUUGCAAUUGACUGCCGGAGCAAGAUAUUUUUGAUUGAUGGGUGUAAUCAAGAUCCAAAAGAAAACUGGUACUAAGCUGAGUUGUAUAAGCAUUCUAGUACUUAAGUGCGUGGAGCACUGUGGAGAAAGUCAUUUUUUUUUUAAUGGUGAUGAUGGCAGAGGAGAAUUAAAAAUAAAAAUAGAAAUCUCAAAAAUAAAAAGGUACCAUUGUGGGGAUCCAUAUUACAUGAUACCACAACUCCAAUCAGACUCUGCUCUUUAGAUAUACUUCAGUGAGUGAUAGAAUCAAAUUGAUAAUCACUUGAAAAUGGUACAUAGGUGAUAUGAGGGUAUAGUGUCUCUCUUGUUUGAGUUAUUAUUAGUUAUUUAGCUAUUGUAGUGUUAAAAUACUAUAAUUUCUCAGUUAUUACAUGGCAGCAUUUAUUUAUUGAGACAGAGCACAAAAUAGGCCCUUUCUGGUCUUCAAGCCCAGCAAUCCCCUGAUUUAAUCCUAGCCUAAUUCCAAGACAAUUUACAAUGACCAAUUAACCUACCACUGGUAGAUCUUUUGGAGGAAACCAGAGCAUCCGGAGAAAACCCACGCGGUCACAGGGAGAACCUACAAACUCCUUAUAGCGACGGAAAUUGAACCCGGGUCGCUUGUACAGUAAAGCAUUCUGUUAACUGCUACACUACCAUGCCACCCUGUUAUGAAAAAUGAAUGUUAUGAAAAAUGAAUGUUAUCGAUGAAAUUUUCUAAAAUUCAUCUUGAUUUUUAUUCAUAAUUGUGCCAGCAGAAACACUAUUUAAAAUGGUGGACUUUUUAAAUUCAAUUUUUUUUUAUUCCUGAAUGUGCAGAGAUAGUAGAGAUUAACCAAUUGGGAUACAUUAGAAUAAAAUUCCACAGAGGGUGGUAGGGAAACAGACAAGCAAAAACUCCAGGUUCCAGCACAUAUGAAGUGUAGGUGAGAUUUGAUUUGACAUGUUACCACUGUCCUGUAGGUUGGUGACUCCCAUGCACUUGCAGUCCAAGGUCCUCAGUAAAGUGUAACUGGUUUCCAGAUUAGAACAGAGUUCAUGUUUCUUCAACCAAUGACUGUUGGUAAACCAUGAUAGGGGCACGCAGCCAAAUCUUUUUAAUAUUACAACGAUGUAGCUGUUCUCUGGUACAAUGCAGUUUUUUGAUGGACCCUAGUUCAAGGUCUCUUAGUGGGUUUUUGCUAUUGCUUGCAGGGUGGGGGUGGUGCUUAUGUUGGUGCAAGUGGGGGGAGGGUCGAUGCUGCUGCUUGUGCAUGUAAGGAGAGAAGCGGGGGCUUUGGGGUUCUGAUGUUACUAUGAUUCAUUCUGUGGGGGUUCUUGUUUCAUGGAUGCCUCUGCAAAGAGUAUGAAUUUCAAGUUGAAUACUAUAUUCAUUCUCUGAUAUCAAAAUGAACCAUUUGAAUGUCUAUGUACCCAUUCGUUUUUUUUAAAUCCAAAAGUAAUUGUAGGCAAUCUAAACUAAAUUGUUAAAAAUGUCAAUGAUGCUCAAUAGGUUGGGCAGCAUAAGUGGAAUUGAUUUUUCAGUUCAAUAGACUUUAAUUAGUAUUGGAAAAAGUUAGAUAGGAGACAAGCUUAAAGUUGCAGAAAAAGGUGGGAGGGAGGUGAACAGAACAAAGAACUUCUCCAGUUUUUCAUUGAAUGAAGUCCUAAGGGAUUUCUCUCCACCACCAUACUUGUUCUCUUGGUUGAAUCUGUCCUCACAUUAAACAAGUUAUUCAUCUCAAUUCACUUUCACCAAAUUAAAAUUGGAGCUACAGUCACUUGCAUGGACCCAUGCUAUGCAUAUCUUUGUGGGAUCUGUGAAACAGAUCUUGUUUUGAUCCCACUCUCCCAAAUCAUUAUCCAUCAAUGUAGUGGAUAGUGAUAGGGGAGAGUGGGAUCUUCCAAAUAACUGGUCUACUUCCAACUUUCAUGCAGAGCUACAAAACAUAAUAACUUUUGUUGGGAAUUUCCAUCCCAUUGUCAUCUUCAUAAUGUUCAUCUCUGACUUUCUGGGCUUCUGUCCUCAUCUCAAUGAAUACACUAGCCACCAUCUAUUAAAGCCCAAACUCCCAUAGCUACUUAGCAUCUAGUAGGCAUGGUGGUGCAGUGGUUAGUGCCACAUUUCACAGCACCAGUGAACAGCAAUCGGGGUUCAAUUCCCACCGCUGUCUGUAAGGAGUUUAUGCAUUCUUCCCAUGACCAGAGGGGUUUCCUUAAGCUGUUCUGAUUUACUCCCACAUUCCAAAGACAUAUGAGGAUUAGUAAGCUGUGGACAUGCUAUAUUGGUGCCAAAGCAUGUUGACACUUGCAGGCUGCCCCCAGCAAAUGAGUUUACUGUCACCUUCCUAUUUGCUUGAACCGGCCUGGCCAUUCCUUUCUGACCUCCCUCAUUCACAUGGUGUUUUCACCCACAGAAAUUGGCACUCACUGAAUUUUUUUUGUUUUUCACACCAUUCUCUGUAAACUCUAGAGAUGGUUAUGCAUUAAAAUCCCAGGAGAUCAGCAGUUCCUGAGAUACUACAACCAUCUCAGCUGGCAUCAACAACCAUUUUGCAGUCAAAGUCACUUAGAUCUGCAUGUUUUUAUGCAUUGAGUUGCUGCCACGUGAUAGGAUGAUUAGAUAUUUUCAUUAAUGAGCAGAUUUAACUAGUAAAGUGGCCACAGAAUUCAUAUUAUUUUUCAUAUUUUGGUAGACAUGCUGUUUAACCCCAUCAUUUUAUUCAAAGUUCUCCCAAAGCUUUCAGACCUUAAUUGGUAAUGAGUACUUGGUCCUGUUUCUUAGACUUAAUGUGAACCAGGCAUUGUUUCAUAUUAAGGUCCCUAUCAAGAAUUGUUGUAAUGUUUCAAAUUUUCUGUUGAUUACACAGCACGGUCCUAACAUUACAGAUUUGUUGUUCAUUAUGUACUGUGUUGUAUGACGUAGGCAAUCAUGGUCUUUUGAUAACCAUGAUUGUUCUUGGAAAAUUUUUCUACAAAAGUAGUUUGGCACUGCCUUCUUCUGGACAGUGUCUUUACAAGAUGUGUGACCCCAGCCAUUUAUCAAUACUCUUCAAAUGUUGUCUGCCCGGCAUUAGUGGUUGCAUAACCAGGAUUUGCAAUAUGCACCCGCAGCUCCACCACUGACUCCCAUGGCUUCAUGUGACCCUGAUCAGAGGGAUAAGCAGGUGCUAUACCUUACCUGAAGGUGACCUGCAGGCUAGCGGAGGGAAUGGGCACCUAACACUUCCUUGAGUAGAGACAUAACUCCACCCUGACACCCAAAUUACAGUUUAACCUAGCUGUAUAUUCUAAAGGCAAAACAAUGCCAUUGUCAUCUAAAAAGUACUUUUGUGAAAAUAUUGGAAUUAUUGACAAAGCUCUUUAUGUGAUGGUGCACACUAAGAAUACCGAAGUCUUCCAAAAUUAUCCAAAGUCUUAAAAAGUGUAUAUUGAUGUAUUAUUUAUUAAUGUAAUUGCCUUCCCCAACUAAAUACUCCACCACUGACCCCAUUUCAGUGAAUAACCAUUCCAAUCAAUUUUACUAUGCUUUGUAUAUUUGUCUCUUGAAUCUAGACAUAAACUCUGAAAUCAAGCACAGCUUUGAUGUGUAAACCCUUCCCAAACAUUUUUCUAAUUACGCUGACUUCUUGUAAUCCAACACAUUUCGUUAAAUUUUUAAAUCUCAUCUACAAAUGCCUUCACAGCCUCACUACAUUGUUGUCUGGCACCUUCCUUAUUCUCUGUUCACACAUUCCACUUUUAAGAUGACUGAGUUUCCUCUAACAUAUAAUGGUCUAUAAUUCCAUUAUAUUACAUUUAAUGGUCUAUAAAUUACUACAAGUCCCUUAUAGUAAUCUACAAAAUAAUUCUCAUAGUCUAGUUUUAUAGAGCAUUUCUGAAAUUUAAUACACCACACUGCAUUUGCCAUUCUCUCCAAAUGAUUUUUAAAAAAAGCCAGUGGUUCAAAAGUUUGUAAAAAUGGAUAUGGGAAAGUUGGAUUAAACUGUAAAAGUUGAAAAAAUACUGUUGUGCUGUCAAGAGUUUAAUAAGUCAUAGGACAUAAACAAUACUACUUUUGAUUAUGUACAAUUAGGUAUAGUCAUUAGUAUCCUGUUUACAGAGGAACCAAGUUAAUCAGGAUGUCGCCAGGUUCAGCCCUUCACUGGAUAAAAUACACAGUACACGCUAUUGUAUAGGAAUAUUGUUGCCUCAUUUUCUAACCUCAUGGAGAGGAUUGUCAAAGAAGGAAUAAAAGUUAAAGAUUUCCAGCAUUAACUUGAUCUCAUAUAGGCUGAUUACUGGAACUUGUGCUGAUACUCAUUUGACCAGCAACGAACAUUCUUGUGCAUAUUUAGGUGAAUUUCCUGCCUUUAUGAGUAUUCUGAUACCCAACCAGUUUAAAGAUUAUUCAUUUUACUUGGUAGUCUUAAAUGUAUUAAACUAUCAGAAUGUAAGUCAUUUGAAAUUUUAACUGUGUACAUUUUUUAUAAUAAACAAACAAACAAAUAAAUAAAGUCUGAAAUGUUU